GCACAAAGGAAUUUGCCAAAAAGAGAAGAAGGAAGGCACGAGACUGAGAUUCAGACGCAAUGACUUCGGCAGCUGCAGAUAACAACAUUCCCAAGCCUGAGAAUUGUAGUAACCUCGACCUGGGAAUUGUUGUGGCUGGAGCAGAACAUCUACAACCACUUGGCAGAGGUCAGAAAAGGAAAAUAUAUAUGGCAGCUGCUUCAGGAAAAUGGAGUGAGGCUUUCGAAAUCAAUCCUGAUUUGUUGGGAAUUCCAUUGACUUCUCGUGGAAAUACAGCCCUUCACGUUGCAGUUAGCAUGGAUCAAACAAGUUUUGUUGAAAAGUUGGUGAAUUGUAUGAACAUGCAAGAUAUCGAAAUUUGCAUGGCAGAUGGGAACACAGCCUUUUGUUUGGCUGCGAUUUCUGGAAACGUAAAAAUAGCUGAAAUACUGUUUGGCAAGAAUCCAAAGUUGUUAUGUAUGAGAGGGCACAAUGAUAUGCUGCCAAUUCAAUUAGCAUCUUCUGCAGGGCAUAUUCCCAUGACAGAAUUUUUAUUUCAAGCUACAGAUGACCUACACAAUAUUCUACCCUUCCCAGACAUCGUGAAGCUAUUUUUCAUGACCAUCACCAACAACAUUUUCACCGUUGCAUCAAAAUUGUUGGAUAGCUAUCCAAAAUUGGUUACCAUAGAAAAUGAAGAGGGGUUGACUACUUUGCAAAUGCUUGCUCAAUUUUCCUUGUGCGAGAAAAGUAUUGGCUACGAAGACACCGUAAGUUCGCUGUUUAAGGGAAUGGAAGAAGAGAAAGAGUCUCUCAACUCUGAACAAUUGCCAAAGGCAAUGUUUGAUGCAGCAAAAUCAGGAAACAUUAUAAUUUUAGAGUUUCUUUUCAAGUACCAUCCAGAUUUGCUAUUUGCAAUAGAUGCCACAGAGCAAAGAAGCUUACUUCAUAUUGCUAUUCUAUAUCGACAAGAAACUGUAUAUAGACUAAUAUUAAGCAAGGGUGCUUCCAAGAGUUUUAUGACCCAAUUGGUUGAUUUUGAGGGUAACAAUGUUCUUCACUUAGCUGGAAUGUCAGCAACCAAAGAAAGAUUCGCAACAAACCAUGUUCUAAUGCGUAGUGAGGAGACAUUCGCAACAAACCAUGUUCUAAUGCGUAGUGAGGAGACAUUCGCAACAAACCAUGUUCUAAUGCGUAGUGAGGAGACAUGGUUUCAGAAAGUGGAGAAAAUAGUUCCGGCUUCAAUGAAAAGAAUGAGAAAUAGAGAAGGUUUGACUCCUAAAGAAUUAUUCUAUGAGUCACACAAAGAGUUGCACAAAGAAUCAGUAUCUGAAGUGAAAGAUACGGCAAACACUUUAGUAGUGGUAGCAACUCUUGUCAUCACUCUAGGGAUCACCGCAGUUUUGGCCCUUCCCAUCAAGGAUAUUGAGAGUAAAGAUACUCCUAUUUUUGAGAAGAAGACAUGGUAUACAAUAUUUUUUUUAUCAAUUGCAUCUGGAACAAGCUUAUGUGCUGCAUCUAUGUUCUGCUAUUCUUCAGUUAUUCUUCCUUCAAGUUGGGAGCCGAAACAAGAGUCUGUCAUCUCGAAACAAGCAAAGUUGAUGAUUGGGGAUGUGACACUAAUUGCCUCUGUUGGAGUCAUGAUUUUGGCAGUUGCUUCCGGUUCCAUAUUGAUUUUUGACUUCAUCUCCAAUUGGAUCCUUUAUUUCAUUGUUGGACUUAAUAUUACCGUAGUGCUUUUGCAUUUUGCAGUUGACUUUGAACGAUGGAAUACCGGUAAGCGCACACUGCUAUCCUUUUUCCAUGUACAUCCAGAGAAGCGAGCACUGCUAUCCUUUUUCCAUGUACAUCCAGAGAAGCGAGCAGGAUUUGUAUGGCCUAUCUAGCCUGUCACUCAUUUCCAAAGGAAGAAAACAUUCUGUUAGUUGGAAUAAACUAAAAUAUAAUAAGCUUGUGCUCAAGUAUUCUGGCUGUUUAGUUUGCAGGAA